CACUUUCGAAGAAAAUUGCAAUUUUGGAAAAUCGUAAGAAAGUUGCUGAUACAAACUAAUAGCAGAAAACGUAACAUCAACAAAACAGGGUGAUUGCAAAUUAAUAUAAUUAUUGAACUGCACCCAAAACUACGGUGAAGUAUGAUUGUUUUAACUAUUUUUUUUUACCGAUUUUUUACUGAUUACCUACUCUCUAUCUUUGUUAUAAGGAAUAGUUUUAAUUUGCUAUUAAAUCCUUCAUCAAAACAUGUCCACCAUUAUAUUUUUAAUGUGGGUCUCCCUACAUUUGGCUAGUAUGCCGAUAUUUGCAUUUCUACUGCAACCGCAACUUUGUUAUAACAAGAAGAAGGCAUAACAAAACAAAAAAAUUUCCAUUUCGGGUGAUUGAUAAAAGUGGAAGUGCAAAAGCGAAAAGUGGCUCAAAUUUGUGAAAAAAUCAGUGAAAACUAUUAUCAAGAUUCUGUGUGUGGCUAAUAAUAGUUGAGUAGUUAAUAGUAGUGACUGAUUAACAUGCUGGCGAGAAGUACGUAGAAAAAGUGAGAACGACACGCAACCAAGUAGAAAAAAAGAAAAGCUAAGAAGAAAACAACGAAAAAGAUUGUAUAGGGGGCUCUGCGGAAAGACGGCGGAGCCAGAGCCAUAGAAGUGAGACCUUGAGAAAAAAGACGACGAACAUUGCUUAGAACAGCGUAAGACAAAGUGCGAAGGAAUGGCGUGUGACUUCCAGCAGCCAUAACUAAAAAACAGGAAAACAAAACGCAUAAAGAAUAAAUCAAGUAAUUAACAGGUGAAUAAAGGCUAUGUCUAGCAUGUCUAGCAUGCCCACAAAUAUGGCAUCAGCAGAGGCGGAAAUCGUUUCGGAUGGUGGGGCGAGUGGCAAUACCCCCAGCAGCCGGGAGGCUCGCAAUUUAGCCGAGAAGCAUCGCAGAGACAAAUUGAAUGCAAGUAUACAGGAGCUGGCCUCCAUGGUGCCGCACGUUGCGGAUGCCACUCGACGGCUAGACAAGACCGGUGUUUUGCGUCGCGCCACGCACGGUUUACGGCUCCAAUAUGUAUUUGGCAAGUCGGCGCCGAGGAGGCAAAAUGGUGGCCACGUACCAGCGCUCAUCGAUGAACCACAUUUCACAGAUGCGCUCACACACUUGCUUGACAGUUUUUUUAUAACAUUAACCUGUCAUGGCCAAAUCGUUGUCAUAUCCACAAGCGUGGAGCAACUACUCGGCCAUUGUCAAUCUGAUCUCUACGGACAGAACAUACUGAGCAUUACACAUCCAGACGAUCAUGAGCGGCUGUUACAGCAGCUAAUACCACGUGAUAUGGAAGCGUUAUUCCGCAGCAGUAAUGAAUAUCAACUACAUCACCCGCCACCAACAGGCAAUCAGGCAGACGAAAUUUUAGAAACCGAAUGCUCAGCGGAGGACUAUCACCAACAUCAGGCGUCUGAGCAGUCCCAUUGUCGUAGCAACAGCCCGCAGCAACACACAGAUGCCUACUUGGGCGACAUUGAUCGACGCUUGCGUAACGAUCGACGUACUUUCGCAAUACGAUUAGCGCGCGCGGGUACGCGGUCAGAGGCGACUCGUAAGUACGAGUUAGUGAAAUUUGACGGUUGCUUUCGACGGAGCGACUACUCCUGCUCCGCCGGCACAUUCCCUAUUGUAUCGAAGUUAAUACGGCGGACGCGCAACAAUGGAGACAUCGCCGGUCUGCAUAUGAUGCAGCACGACGUCAUACAACAGGCAGCGAUGCACGGCAUCAGUGGCAACGAUGUGGUGCUUGUAGCGAUGGCACGAAUCAUACGAUCACCAAAGAUAAUACAUUGCCUGUCAAACGACACUGGCGUAUUGGAAUAUAAAACGAGGCAUUUAAUCGAUGGGCGCAUUGUGGACAGUGAUCAACGUAUAGGAUUAGUAGCGGGCUAUAUGAAAGACGAGGUAAGUUUAAUUCUAAGCGUGCAAAUAGUAAGCUGAGCAAUCACACAAGCCAUAUCAGCGAUGUAAUGGCUAAUUAGACAAAUUAGGGACGCGGACAGUGC